ACUAUUAAAAGGCGCUGACGUCAAAGCGGCGGCCAUGUUUGCCAAGAGCAGAGCGCGUCUCCAUUGAAGAAGAAGAAGCUGCAGUAAAGCCACGCAGCGCCAGCAGGAGCAGGAGCGGGUUUCAAAGCGAUCAGCUGUUGAACAGAGCACAUCAUCAGCUCCCCCCAUACUCCCUGAACGGCCCACACUUAGAAGUUGGAGGUAAGCUCCACCAACUCAACCCCAGCAGCCAUGGCAGAUGACGCAGACAUGCGCAAUGAGCUCUCGGACAUGCAGCAGCGUGCCGACCAGCUGGCCGAUGAGUCACUGGAAAGCACUCGUCGUAUGCUGCAGCUGGUGGAAGAGAGUAAAGAUGCUGGUAUCAGGACUUUGGUUAUGCUGGAUGAGCAAGGAGAACAACUCGAUCGUGUUGAAGAUGGCAUGAACCAUAUCAACCAAGACAUGAAGGAGGCCGAGAAAAAUUUAAAAGAUUUAGGGAAAUGCUGUGGCCUUUUCAUAUGUCCGUGUAACAAAAUGAAGAGUGGAGGCAGCAAGGCCUGGGGCAACAACCAGGAUGGUGUGGUGAACAGUCAGCCUGCCCGUGUGGUCGAUGAACGGGAACAGAUGGCCAUCAGCGGAGGUUUCAUUCGCAGGGUAACAGAUGAUGCCCGGGAAAAUGAGAUGGAUGAGAACUUGGAGCAGGUCGGAGGCAUCAUUGGUAACCUGCGCCACAUGGCUCUUGACAUGGGCAAUGAGAUUGACACCCAGAAUCGCCAAAUCGACAGGAUCAUGGACAAGGCUGAGUCCAACAAGACCAGGAUUGACGAAGCUAACCAGAGGGCCACAAAGAUGCUUGGCAGCGGCUAAGCAUCUGAAUUGCCUGCUUUUCCGAACCGUGCAGUUUGUCAAAAGGCACAAACAUGAUUUUAUCUUGGUAUUUACCUUCUAGGUUUGCACACAUGCACAUAUCACCCCUACAUUGUAAAUGUUGUUCUGUGUGCUGUCUGUCGGCUUUUUUCAAUGAUAGUCCUCGUAAAAAUGAUUUCUUACACUAUGUAUCAUUCUUUCCAAAGGUUGUAUAUAGUGCUGGCUCGAUGGCUCUAGCUCACUUGUGAAGUUUUUUAAUUCCGUUAUUGUUUUUUCUUUUUCUUUUUUCUUCUUUUUUUGUCACCUAUCUAUAUAUGUAUGCGUAUAUAUAUAUGUAUACAUAUAACCCAAAUUAUAUAUGUAUACAUAUAUAUUAUAUAUGGUAUAAACCUCUUUACUGAAUGAACUAUAUAAUAGGAAUGCUCUACAAAACUGUCUUUCCUUUUCAGUAUCUCAGUAUCGUCUUAGUAAAACUGUGUCAUUUCAUUAGGCUACUGUCAUGCUCCUUAUUUUGAUGUUGUCAUGGCGAACGACGAACGGGUCAAAUGAUUUACGCCGAUGACGCUGAUACAAAAGCACUUACAGUAUCCUUCCUCGGUUCAUUUUCCUCACCGCGAAACAUAAUCAGUUACUGUUUAGACAAAAGUGCAACUAGAUUCUUGUAGCUGUAAUAGACAUUGCAUUCCAAGUGGUGUGAUUUGCAUGACGAAUCGUAGAUUUUAGAGUCUUAUAAAGAAAACUUGUCUUAAAAAAUAUACAAAAAAAAUCAUGGCAGUAGCGAAAAAUUUACAAAAAGCAUGCUCAGUAUUAGGACACAGUUGAACGUUUCAUAUUCCUGCAAGUUGGCAAUAGUGCUCUCUUUCUGUCUAUAUAUAUAUAUAUAUAUAUAUAUAUAUAUAUAUAUAUAUAUAUAUAUAUAUAUAUAUAUAUAUAUAUACACAGACUGUGACCAUCGAUGUAACAUAAUGCAACAUGACCGAAAGAAGAACUGUAAUAGACUUGAUGAAGGUGUUGGUUCUGCAAAAAUGACCUGUUUUUUAAAUGAUUAUGCAGCCUGGGGGAAAAGAUAAUGACUGAUGUACUGAAUGGUGGAGACUAAUUGUUUUCUGUAUCAUAGGUUUUGGAUGCUCUGAGAAAAAAAAAAAAAAAAAAAAAAAAAAAGAAGAAAUAAAUGAAUAAAUAAAUAAACAAACAUUUGCAAUGUAAAGCAAAGAUGCAUAUUUCUGAGAGAUCUUACUUUUAUAAGAAGACUGUAUCCUGUUAGUUUACUUUCCCUGUGUGGUUUGUUAUUGGUUAAAAAAGAAAAGGAAAAAAAAAAGAAAAAAGAGACUAAUCCGUGACACACUAAACAAAAAGAAGAGGUUUUUGUUGCUUCUGUACUUUAGAGCUAUGCACACCAAAUUGCUACGAUGUUGAAUAGUCUGUAUAAGAAGACAAAUAAAUACCUUACCUGAAUGUCACAUAGUUUAAACUGUGAGACUGAUGUCCUCAAUGCAUGUAAUAUUCAAAUCAAACUCCCUCUGUAUCCUGUCAGUCUGUGACGUGGUUGACAUUUUGUAGCUAGCUGAAUUAAUUAAAAUGAAUAUAACCCCUCCUG